CACCACGACAGCUUCACCCCACCUUCGUGCUACGGUAUUUUGAUGGCGUCAAUCGGAUUGGUAAGACUCAAGACAUAGCCUCUUACUUUGCCUUCCCGAACUGUAUGCUCAAAGCUGCUCGACCUAUCCUCUUUUUCUCUCCAAAGCAAUUGGGCAUUUCUCAAAUCUUCGGGCCACCAGUACCUACCAAGCUCAAGCCGAAGAGCUUCAGCUUAUCUGCAAGAAUGGCAAACAUCCACACCCCGAUCCCGGCACUGAAGCUGAACGAUGGGACUUCAAUUCCAGUGCUAAGUUAUGGCACCGGCACGGCGUGGUACAAGACUGGCGAAGAAUCCAAGAUCGACCGCGCAUUGGUUGAGAGCAUCAAGACGGCGAUCAAGCUCGGAUAUACUCAUCUCGACGGUGCAGAGGUCUACAAGACAGAGCCGGAGCUCGGCCUCGCGAUUAAAGAGAGCGGCGUCCCACGAGAGAAGUUAUACAUCACAACGAAGGUGAUUGUCAACAUUGCGGACAUCGAAGGUGCCAUAAAGAACAGCUUGAAAAAGCUGCAACUGGACUACGUGGAUCUAUAUCUCAUUCACUCUCCCUUCUUCGCCAAAUCCGACGCCGAGCUCCAAUCCGCCUGGGCAACCUUGGAAAAGGUUCAAGCUGCUGGUCUCGCCAAAUCUAUCGGCGUCUCCAACUACCUCGUCCCGCACCUUGAAGCUACGCUUAAAACAGCUAAGGUCGUCCCGGCUAUCAACCAGAUCGAGUUCCACCCCUACCUGCAGCACACAGAGCUCUUGAACUUCCACAAGCAGCAUGGCAUCGCGACAUCCGCGUAUGGGCCGCUUACUCCAAUAACAAAAGCGAAGCCGGGCCCAAUUGAUGGGUACCUGGCGGCAUUGGCGAAGAAGUACGCGGUUAGUGAAGGGGAGGUGCUCUUGAGGUGGGCGAUUGAUCAGGAUAUUGUGGCGAUCACGACGAGUUCGAAGGAACAGCGUCUUUCGGACUACUUGAGGGCGGCUACAUUCAAGCUGACGCCAGUGGAGAUUAAGGAAAUCAAGGAGAAGGGGGAGGAGAAGCACUUUAGGGGCUUUUGGAACGACAAGUUUGAGGAGAGCGAUCGGUCUUGAGCAUGUUUCAUGGUGUAGACUGUCUUCCAUUACGUGAAGCUAUUGAAGGACACUUGAUAUAACAUGCUGCUUUGAACUUAAGAUCUUGCUCCAUAUUUUGGACAAACUCUUAGGACACAGGGCAUAAAAGAAGUAGCACUCAUAGUUCGAACAAGCCACCACACCGCCGUCGGCGUGUACACAUGUAUACCACUGCUUAGGGUGCUUCAACGCAGUUACGGGUGAUGGAAGCUCUUCACCUUGGUCUAUUUCCAAAGUCGCUGAAGCACUCUAAGCUGUGGCAGACAAGCGUAAGCGUGUUUGAUGAUGGUCAGGCUCCUUUAAACCGAAUCUGGCAGUCCACGGUUUCGUGGUUCUGGGUUAGAGAUUCCUAUUUUUGAUGUACGCACUAUUUCUGUGCUUGUGUACAGUUGUUUACCUGCG